CCGACGGGGGACUCACCCUCUCGCUCGCCCUUGCGCGUGCCCCGCGCCCUCCAGCGCGCCAGCGGGACCAUGAAGAAGUUCUCUCGAAUGCCCAAGUCGGAGAGUGGCGGCGGCGGAGCGGCGGGUGGCAGUGCCGGCGGCAUCGGGGCCGGCUCCGGCUCCGGUAGCUCGUCCGUGGGCGUCCGAGUGUUCUCGGUCGGCCGCUACCAGGUCACCCUGGAGGAAUCGCUGGCCGAAGGUGGAUUUUCCACGGUUUUCCUGGUGCGUACUCAUGGUGGAGUCCGCCAUGCAUUAAAGCGAAUGUAUGUCAAUAACAUGCCAGACCUCAACAUUUGUAAAAGGGAAAUUACAAUUAUGAAAGAACUUUCUGGUCACAAAAAUAUUGUGAGCUAUUUGGAUUGUGCUGUUAAUUCGAUCAGUGACAAUGUAUGGGAAGUACUUAUCUUAAUGGAAUAUUGUCGAGCUGGACAGGUAGUGAAUCAAAUGAAUAAGAAGCUGCAGACAGGAUUUAUGGAAACAGAAGUGUUACAGAUCUUCUGUGACACCUGCGAAGCUGUUGCAAGGUUGCAUCAGUGUAAGACUCCAAUAAUUCACCGAGAUCUGAAGGUAGAAAAUAUUUUGUUGAAUGAUGGUGGAAAUUAUGUACUUUGUGACUUUGGCAGUGCCACUAAUAAAUUUCUUAACCCUCAAAAAGAUGGAGUUAAUGUAGUAGAAGAAGAAAUUAAAAAAUAUACAACUCUGUCAUAUAGAGCACCUGAAAUGAUCAACCUUUAUGGAGGGAAACCCAUUACCACCAAGGCUGAUAUCUGGGCACUGGGAUGUUUACUGUAUAAACUUUGUUUCUUUACUCUUCCUUUUGGUGAAAGUCAGGUUGCUAUUUGUGAUGGCACCUUCACCAUUCCAGACAAUUCUCGUUACUCGCGUAACAUACAUUGCUUAAUAAGAUUUAUGCUUGAACCAGAUCCAGAUCAUAGACCUGAUAUAUUUCAAGUAUCCUAUUUUGCAUUUAAAUUUGCCAAAAAGGAUUGCCCAGUCUCUAAUAUCAAUAAUUCUUCCAUUCCUUCAGCUCUUCCUGAACCUAUGACCGCUAGUGAAGCAGCUGCUAGGAAAAGCCAAAUGAAAACCAGAAUAACAGAUACCAUUGGACCAACAGAAACCUCAAUUGCACCAAGACAAAGACCAAAGGCUAACUCCACUACUGCCACUCCCAGUGUGCUGAGCAUUCAGAAUUCAGCAACACCUGUUAAAGUCCCUGUUCCUGGCGAAUUUGGGAACCACAGAUCUAAAGGAGCACUGAGACCUGGAAACAGUCCUGAGAGUUUAUUGGGUCAAGGCCCUCCUCCUCAGCAGCCUCCACUGCAGCAUAGAGUACUUCAGCAACUACAGCAAGGAGAUUGGAGGUUGCAGCAACUUCAUUUACAGCAUCGUCAUCCUCAGCAGCAGCAGCAUCAACAACAUCAACUACUUCAGGAUGCUUACAUGCAGCAGUAUCAACAUGCAAUGCAACAGCAACAGAUACUCCAACAACAGUUUUCAUUGCAUUUGGUGCAUCAGCCUCAGCCGUCUGCAUCCCAGUAUUCCACAAUGAUGCAGCAGUAUCAACAGGCUUUCCUGCAGCAGCAAAUGCUGGCUCAACAUCAGCAGUCUCAGCAACAGGUAUCACCUGAAUACCUUCCAUCCCCUCAAGAGUUCUCACCAGCCUUAGCUUCUUAUACUUCAUCACAUCAAGCUCAUGUUGGAACUGUAAUUGACUCCUCCUACAGUGCUAAUAGGUCAGUUGCUGAUAAAGAGACAAUUGUAAAUAUUGCAAGUCAGAAGAACAUCAGUAACCCACCUGAUAUGUCAGGGUGGAAUCCUUUUGGAGAGGAUAAUUUUUCCAAGUUAACAGAAGAGGAACUUUUGGACAGAGAAUUUGACCUUCUAAGAUCAAACAGACUGGAGGAGAACGCAUCCUCAGAUAAGAAAGUAGACCCACUUUCUGCUUCACAUAAUCAUCCUCCAGAAGAUCCUUUUGGUUCUGUUCCUUUCAUUUCUCACUCAGGUUCUCCAGAAAAGAAAAUGGAACACUCAUCCAUGAAUCAAGAAAAGAGCACUGCAACCCCUAUCAAGAACAGAAAAGCAAGUCCAGUAUCUAAAGAUCACCGACCUGGCUGCAGGAAACCAUCAGAGAAUUUGUCGGUACAGGGUCAAGUGCAAAAGGGGAAUGAUGAAUCUGAAAGUGAUUUUGAAUCAGAUCCACCUUCUCCUAAGAGUAGUGAAGAUGAAGAGCAAGAAGAUGAAGAAGUUCUUCAGGGAGAACAAGGAGAUUUUAAUGAUGAUGACACUGAGCCUGAAAAUCUGGGUCAUAGGCCUCUCCUCAUGGAUUCUGAAGAUGAGGAGGAAGAAGAGAAACAUAGCUCUGAUUCUGAUUAUGAGCAGGUCAAAGCAAACUACAGUGACAAGAGCCCUGUUUACAGAGAUAAAUCUGGCAGUGGGCCAGUCCCAGAUCAUAAUUUAACAGUGCUCACCCCAAUCCAAUUGCCCUCUGAUGUUGGAGUGGAGACCCCCAAGCAAGAGUUUGAUGUGUUUGGUGCUGUGCCUUUCUCAGCAGUGCAAGCGCAGCAGCCCCAGCAAAGGGAGAAUGAAAAGAACCUCUCUACACAGAUGCAUUUCUCUACGGAGGGGCUGGAGCAAGAGGAAUUUGAUGUUUUCAUGAAGGCCCCCUUUAGCAAGAAGGUAAACGUAGCAGAUUGCCAGGCAGUGCAGCCUGAAGCCCACAUUCUCCCUGUUUGCCCGAAAAGUGUAGAUAUAUUUGGCUUCACACCAUUUCAACCCUUCCCCACACCAACAAGUAAAAGUGAAAGCAAUGAGGAUAUUUUUGGGCUUGUGCCAUUUGAGGAGAUAACUGGGAGUCAGCAACAAAAAGUCAAGCAGCGCAGCUUACAGAAACUGUCUUCUCGCCAAAGGCGCACAAAGCAGGACAUGUCAAAAAGCAAUGGGAAGCGGCAUCAUGGCACACCAACUAGCACAAAGAAGACUGUGAAGCCUAUCUAUCGCACUCCAGAGAGGGCUCGUAGGCACAAAAAAGUGGGCCGCCGAGACUCUCAAAGUAGCAAUGAGUUUUUAACCAUCUCAGAUUCCAAGGAGAACAUCAGUGUUGCACUGACGGAUGGGAAAGACAGGGGCACUGUCUUGCCCCCAGAGGAGAGUCUAUUGGACCCCUUUGGUGCCAAGCCCUUCCAUCCUCCAGACGUGCCAUGGCACCCUCCCCAUCAGGGCCUGAGUGACAUCCGUGCUGACCACAAUACUGCCCUGCCUGGGCGGCCAAGGCCUAAUUCACUGCAUGGGUCAUUUCAUAGUGUAGAUGCGCUGAAAAUGGAUGACUUUGGGGCUGUGCCCUUUACAGAACUCGUGGUGCACAGCAUCACUUCUCAUCAGUCCCAACAAUCCCAGUCAGUCGAAUUAGACCCAUUUGGUGCUGCUCCAUUCCCUUCUAAACAGUAGAUCAUUCUGAUGGAUUUGGCAUUAACUCCUGUUUCAAACAAAGUAUGAAUAGUUUUAUGACCAUGAAAGAAAAUUUAUUUGUAUAGCUCUUUAUAGCAUUCAUUCUGACAGGUCAAUCAGAAUAGGAGAUUUUAAAAUAAACCAAAUAGAAAAAGGAAGGAAACGACAAGGUAGGCCUGGAUGCCUCUGCCAAGCAGAAGAAAGAGCUGAAUUGUAUACUCCAACCAGGUUUCAGCCGCUGAUCUGACAGCACAGAAAUCCGGGGAAAGCACAUGGUAUCUUUUCCUAGUUGUGUGGCCACUGAGAGGGAACUGGGAAACUGUGUGGUUAGUUCUCUAAUAGAAUGUCACAUUUGUGUGUUAUAUCCUAGGUUUAUGCCAGAACCCAGCGUUUUAAACUCAAGCUUAUUUUUCCAUACACAGGUUUACACUUGUAGAUUUUUAAAAAUGCCUCUUCUAAUUUCCACACAGUCAACAGGUCUACUUUCCCCAAAUGAGUUGGAAAGUCAUUAUCUGGACAAUGCAGAUAAUUCAGUCCUUAAACCUUUCUCUCCAAAGCAGAGCCAGAAGUUAAUGACUAUUGUGCCUAACACUCAUUGCAUUCAAAAAAACAAGUGCCAUUAAUAUGCACUAUCUGUAUGGAAGGCUAGAACAAGAACUAAAGGUUAUUAUUUGACAUUUGGAAAAUGUAAAAGAAAAAAAUAUAUAUAAGAGAGGUAAAAAACUCAGUACUUCAGAAAACACUAUGUUUUGUUUUUGAAUAACUUCUUGCCUAAAACUUUUAUCAUGCCCCCAAUAAAAGCAGGUUAUUUAAAAUCUUGCGAGGACAAAGGUCCUAUCAAAAUUUUAUUUCAGGAAGAAAUGUUCCUGAAAUCCUCAGUUAAAGAGGCUAAUGUCAAAUCAUGUUACAUUUAAUAAUACACACUAUUAAAAUACCACCUUCCCCAAAUGUCCCCCAAGUUGUAAUCAACACUUUUUUAGUUAGGUUUGGAGGGUGGAGUAGUUUUAAGUGCACAGAACAGUGAAACCCACAAAGCCUUAUAGGGAGGACUCAACACGUCCUGCUCCAAGUACCUCUGCACUGAUAACACAAGAUCUGAAAAUGGCUGUAAGGUACGUAACGAGGGACUAGCAUCUAAACCUCACUAGUUAAUUGUGUCCUUCGUGAACAGAAUCCAUCUACCAAAUUGCCUUUCUUUUUUACACCACAGAUUCUAAUUAGAAACUUGAGAUUUUAUAGACAUUGUUUAAUAAGAUAGAAGUUACAUAGGUGAAUUAAUGUGAAUACAGUAACUGUGCUUUCUGUGUCUCCAGCUAUUUUCAGUUAUAAUUAACUGUUCUGUUAAAUCAACAUACAGAAGUUUUUAGAACUGUUCAAGCUAUUUACUAAAAGGAGGUGGAAACUCUACCUGGCACUCUCCUGGCUUUCUGUAUUUUAAAUGAACUGAAUGCUUUGAAUUCAAUUAAAAUGUAUUUUAUAAGUAAUAUUAGAAGCUAUCAUAGUGCCACUGACUGGGAUGAACUAUUUGUUUUCACAGUUCUAAGCAAAGUAUAUGUAACUAUAAACAAUUUAUUCACUUUUUAUUGCGCCUCUUUUUUAUAUUUGAAAUCACAAAUUGGUGGACAGGCACUGAGGCCAACCAAGCAUUACAUUAUUGCUUAAGAGUUGUAUUUUUAGUGUACCAAUUACUUGUCCUUGUGCCAAAGGCAAAUACUAUGUUUGCACCUUUAUUUUUCCUGAUUCUCAGGUUGAUUAAUACAAAAUGUACAAGUAGAUGAUCUUUAAAACUUUACUAAGUAGAUUCAAGAGAUACUUUCUUUUAAAAGUGAAGAGUUGAUGAUUGCACAUAGUAAAUUCAUGAACUAUACAGUAGGUUUGUAUCAAACAAGAAUUUUAAGUGAAAAUCUGUUGGUUGAUGUACACAAUAGGCAUCUUUGACUAGAUCCGCUAGACCUCAUGUGUCUCAUAAUUUAGAAGGGGUAGUAGAUGAAUUAGUGGUAAAUAUGAACUCCUUGGGUAAAUAUGAACUACCUAGAGCUUGUCUGAUACAAGGCUUUGUGCUUCCUUUCCAGUAUAGUGAAUAUUUAAAAAUGAUCUAGACAAUGAUACAAUUUGACUUAUAAUGUUAAAUUCUAAGGAGCAACUUAGAUGUUGCUAUAUUAUGUCACACCACAAUGACUUUCCUUUUGAAACAUUUAGGAUUCCUUAGAUAGAAAUGGGGGUGGAGGGUAGGGGUGGGGUAGAUUAUUUGUGUUGAAGUAGAGACUUUUCCCAAGGAUGAUAGAAAUAGGGUUGCUUUUCAUCUUGAGUCAUCUUCUCCCACAUAGUUAGGAUGUAGUUCAUUGCUCACAGCUGAUGCCCAGGUAAUUUCUUUAUGAGAAUUAUGAAACAAAUCUCCCCAGGCAUGUGAAAGAGCUUUAUACUUGGCACUCAGUAGAAAUUUGGCUUGAUUAUGGGAUGGUCCAGUUUUUGAAGGAAAGUUGAAAAGCAAUUAUUCUAUUAAUCAGGUAUCCCAUGUUGCUUUAGCAUGUAAAGUAGUCAUAACUCUAAACCUGUUAUACUUGAACAUCACCUAAGAGGAGCAAAAUAUGGAGCUAUCAAAACUCUGAGGCCAAAGUUAAUUUUGUCCUACCAGCUUUAAAAAAUGCUUAUUGAUUCUGAAUAAUCCUUUUAAAGGUGGACCACUUAUUUAUGUUAAUCUCCCUUCAGCAAAUUGUUAAUAUUAAAAAGACCAGCUUAUGGCAGUGAAGAAUGUAUCUAUCUGCUAAGGCACAAAAGUUGCUUGGUGUGUCUACACAUACAUACAUACAUGCAUACACACAUAUAAGGGUGGAGAAGCUGGAUGAAAUUUUAAGUAGAAAGUACUUAUCAGGAAAUAGUGUAAUUUUCCACUGGUCUGCACUGUGUAUGUAAGUGUGUGAGAGUGAUGGAAUUGUAGAUAAUACCUUUUGGUCUUAACCUGUUUAUAGUUUGAGUGAUAGACUGUUGUCUUCAUCUUGCUGGUAGAAAAUACUAAGGUUGAAACCCACUCUUCUGCUCUGGUAAUACCAGGCAGAGCAGUUUUUUUGUUUUUUAAUUUCGUAGCUACUCUGCUUGGUUUAAGGUUUUGGUACUUCACAGAAGCAGUUAGAAGGUACACACGUGUUAGUAAGUAUCACUAGUUCUGAGGAGUUUGGGUACAUUUGUUUUACUAUAUGUAGAAUGUACAGGGAACUUCUUAGCAAAAUUACUCAUUUUAGGUCUAAUAUUGAGCUAACAGAUCUACUGUGAGAAUGAGACAUUAUCUACUGUGAGAAAAAGAUGAUAGUUUAUUUGGAAAUUUUUAUACUUGUUGGUGUUUAUAUAUUAUGAUAAAUACACACACACACACACAUGCAGUCAAUGUGAAUCUUAUUUUAAAUGGAAUUGCAAUCACAAUCAUUUCUAAAAGAACAUUCAUUCCUAGUGAGGGUUUUCAAAGCCACUAAAAGAAUAAUAAAGUAGAUGAAAAUGCAAAGGAUCAUCAUUUUGGGUUAUUUUUAUUUUAAAAUUUAUAGUUCUACUUUUUGAAAAAAGAUUUUAUUACUAUGAUUAUUUGUGAUUGAAAAGUCAUCUAGUAGUAAGCAGUAUAGUAAUAGUAAGCUACUUUUUAAUUGCUGGCAAACAGCUUUAAGUGCACUUUCUUUGAUUACACUUCCAUUUUUUUGUUAAACUUGAAUUUUCUAAAGGCUUUUAUGUACCACUAAGCAAAGAACUAACUUUUAAAUAAGUCUGAUAUACAUCUUUAUUAUAUUUCUAAUUGUUACAAAACUACUUUCUGAAGUAACUUCAAUCCUCUAAUAUAGCUGGGAAACUGUUAGGAGAUAGAAUCAGUGGCUUAUUCUUUUCCCUAUUAUCUAAUUAAGCACUAACAGGUUUUACUACUUUGUUGACUUUACGUUGCUGAUUCUUAAUGACUGAAUUCUGUCCCCUAUGUUUUGUUUGAAAUUUAAAGUUAUUUUCUUACUGUAUUUAUCAUACCUACUGUUUUAAUAAUCUGCUUUCUUUAAUUGCAAUAAAUCCCAAAUGGAUUGCAUAUUCUUUAUAAUCAGUGACUUCAGAGUUUUUCAUUAUUUCUUACUAAAAGGUUUGGAUGUAAAAUUCUAUUCAGUUCCUUCAUCCAUUCAACAGACAUAAAACACCUAUGUACAU